UGAAAAUUUUCAAAUUUUUGGAAAUUUAGAUGAUAAAGUUACUGAUGUUGAUGAUUUAGAAACUAUUCUGAAUCAGAUCAUGGCAGAUGAAUUUAACACUUUAUUAGAAGAUAAUUUACUAUAUAUUUCCUCUUAUUACUUUGAAACUUCAAAAGACUAA